AUAUAUUUUCGUGCUCUUCGCUGUGGAUUGCCAAAAAAAGGCGGCGCCAAAUUUUAACAUCUCCUAAAUAUUCGGGCCACCCCCCGAUCAACAGAGAAGGUUCUGCGAGCCGGCAGACGUCGAAUUGAUAGGGAUCUAAGGCCGCCGACAGCGCCGGAAAAUGCAGUCUCACAGCAAAAAACGCGUUUGCUACUACUACGACAGCGACAUUGGUAACUACUACUAUGGCCAGGGCCAUCCCAUGAAGCCCCACCGCAUACGCAUGACCCACAACCUGCUGCUCAACUAUGGGCUCUAUAGGAAAAUGGAGAUUUAUCGUCCCCACAAAGCCACUGCCGAUGAGAUGACCAAGUUCCACUCGGACGAGUACGUCCGGUUCCUGCGAUCCAUCCGGCCGGACAACAUGUCCGAGUACAACAAGCAGAUGCAGCGCUUCAAUGUCGGCGAGGACUGUCCCGUUUUCGACGGCCUCUACGAGUUCUGCCAGCUGUCCGCCGGCGGAUCCGUGGCGGCCGCGGUCAAGCUGAACAAACAGGCCUCGGAGAUCUGCAUCAAUUGGGGCGGUGGCCUGCAUCAUGCCAAGAAAUCGGAGGCCUCCGGCUUUUGCUACGUCAACGAUAUAGUGCUUGGCAUUCUGGAGCUGCUGAAGUACCACCAGCGUGUUCUCUACAUCGACAUCGAUGUGCAUCACGGGGAUGGCGUGGAGGAGGCCUUCUAUACCACCGAUCGUGUGAUGACCGUGAGCUUCCACAAGUACGGCGAGUAUUUCCCGGGCACCGGCGAUCUGCGGGAUAUUGGCGCCGGGAAGGGAAAGUAUUAUGCGGUGAAUAUCCCACUGCGCGAUGGCAUGGAUGAUGAUGCUUAUGAGAGCAUCUUUGUGCCCAUUAUCAGCAAGGUGAUGGAGACAUUCCAACCGGCGGCCGUGGUGCUGCAAUGUGGCGCCGAUUCGCUGACGGGCGAUCGCCUGGGUUGCUUCAAUCUCACCGUCAAGGGUCAUGGCAAGUGCGUGGAGUUCGUGAAGAAGUAUAACCUCCCGUUCCUGAUGGUCGGCGGCGGUGGCUACACCAUUCGCAACGUUUCCCGUUGCUGGACGUACGAGACCUCGGUCGCCUUGGCCGUGGAAAUCGCCAACGAACUGCCCUACAACGAUUACUUCGAGUACUUCGGGCCCGACUUCAAGCUGCACAUCAGUCCCAGCAACAUGACCAAUCAGAAUACGUCCGAGUACCUGGAGAAGAUCAAGAACCGCCUGUUCGAGAACCUGCGCAUGCUGCCCCACGCGCCGGGCGUCCAGAUCCAGGCCAUUCCCGAGGACGCCAUCAACGAUGAGUCCGACGACGAGGACAAGGUCGACAAGGACGAUCGGUUGCCGCAGAGCGACAAGGACAAGCGCAUCGUCCCGGAGAACGAGUACUCCGAUUCGGAGGACGAGGGCGAGGGCGGUCGGAGGGAUAACCGGACGUACAAGGGCCAGCGGAAGCGACCGCGCCUGGACAAGGACACCAACAGCAACAAGGCCUCCUCGGAGACGUCCAGCGAGAUCAAGGACGAAAAGGAGAAGGGUGACGGCGCUGAUGGCGAGGAAUCGACGGCUUCGAAUACGAACAGCACCAGCAACAACAACAGCAACAACAAGAGCGAUAAUGACGCCGGAGCGACGGCUAAUGCCGGAUCUGGGUCAGGAUCGGGUUCCGGUGCCGGGGCCAAGGGCGCCAAGGAGAACAACAUAUGACGUGGCGGCCGCAAUUGGUUAUAGAAGCCAAUUAAGCGACCGCCGAAGUACAAGCCGCCGGAUUUCACCUAGCGUCGUCUCAUCCCGCCCCCCUCCUCGCCCAGCCACGCCCCCUGAGCCAGCCCUCCAGGCCCGCCCCUUCAUAAGUUCGCCCCCCUGCUAUCAGCUCCCAUUUAGUGAGUAAGCUUUCCACGAGGGGGCAUAAAUCAGUAAUCAGUGGGCGGGACUUAAACUCAUCGUAAGCUAAAAAAAAAUACAAUUUAUUGUAAGUCAAAAAAUCUGCGCUGAUCGAGAAAAGUGUGUAUAAGCUAAGCAAAAGUUAAUGCCUACGUUUAAGCGAUCCAAUGUGGCGAAUCAAGCAGAAACUAAUUUAAUCCAAUAAAUACUUAUAAAUAC